AUGACUGCAGAAGAAGGCGACUUGAUGCAUACAAUUGUUCCACAACAGAAAUACCCUAAAGCUACUGAAGACGAAAUCUAUGAAGAGUACGUCAAGACGCAACAAGGUAAAGAGGGUGUGUUAGAGCCGUCGGUAGAUAGUACUGAAAGCGAAGAAGAGGAAAUCGUCCGGGUGGCUUUUGAUAGACCUUUUCAAGAUCCAAGUGACCUGUCGGAAAGUGGCACAGGAAAAUCCAAAUUAUUGAAGAAUUUUGCAGAAAGUAGAAUGACUGUAUAUUGCUGUUUGCAUGAGUCCAAAUCAAGCAGCUAUCCAUCCAGAUCACAUAUUUCCAAUAUACUAUUACAUGAGUUUGAAAAUGAACGUGAUGCCAUAGUUACCUAUCUUGCAUACAUAUGUGCAUGUUGUCAAAGGUUAGAGGAAUUCAAUGGAAGUUGCAAAGAGUGGUUUGAUGAACAUACCAACAAAAAAUUACAGAUGGGUUUCUGGAAGAAUGUUGAAUACAGAAUGUCUGAUAUUAUGCAUGGGCUUAUGAAGAAUCCUACAGACAGCAAGAUGACUGAAUGGAUAACUAACUACUUGGAUGGCGGAAAAUUGAUGUGGGAAAGUUCAGUUAAUUGUUUGUUUGCCUUUGAUGAAGCUUGUUCCCUGGUUGAUAAGAACAUUGAAAGGAAAACUCUGUUUUACUAUGUUCAAUGUGCUUUAAAACUUUUACCAAAAAAAUUAGGAAUCUUUGCUAUCUUUACAGACACACAUUCAAAAAUUUCAAACUUCUCACCUGUUUCCUACCUUGAUCCAUCCAUAAGAGAUGCCACAAAGGGGUCUAAAUUAUUUGAGCCAUUUUAUUUGUUGGACACUGUGGAUAUGAAUACCAUGAAUACUGCUUUUAAAAAAGCACUGACACUACAAGAUGAUGCUGAAGGAUUUAAUCCAGAGCGUAUUAUUGAAUUGGCCAUGGAUAAGCUUAUUGGUGGGAAGUCUUUCAUUCAUUGGAAAACAGAAGCUCAAACCAAAAUUAGUAUUAUGGAAGCCUUGGCUAUUUUUGGACCCCAUCUAUAUUGUGAAUGUAUUACUACAUCGAUGCCUACAGAACCUGUGCUGGCAGAGGCAGCCACUCGAAUGAUGAAUGAUCCAAAUGUCAGUCUCGCGGAGCUUAUUGGGAUGACUGCAUUAAAAAGAAACAUCCACGUGGUGUGGAAGUUGGCAACGAUUAUUCUCGCUUUGUGA